GACGUUCGUCGUGGGCGGAACAUAGUGUAGCAAGUGAAGUAGAAUGACUCCAAGCUUGACCGUUGUGUGUGGCGGUUUUAGGGUGUGCUAAUUUGUUUUAGAGAUGUUUAUGAGACAUUUAUUUGUGAACGUUAAAGCUCAACUGUGAUUUAAGAAUCAUUUCCGUAAACCUGGCAUCUUAAAGAGAUAUCAAGGUAUCAGACAUUAGCCACCUGAGUUAGCUGAGCUAACUGCAAAGAUUCAAGUAUGCCAAAUUUUUGCGCGGCUCCAAACUGCACACGGAAGAGUACACAGUCAGAUUUGGCUUUUUUUCGGUUUCCUCGGGACCCUGAGAGAUGCAGAAUCUGGGUGGAGAAUUGCCGCAGGGCAGAUCUAGAAGCCAAAACAGCUGACCAGUUGAAUAAGCACUACAGAUUAUGUGCCAAACACUUUGACCCAGCUAUGGUGUGCAAAACUAGCCCCUAUAGGACUGUGCUGAAGGAUACAGCCAUCCCAACCAUAUUUGAUUUGACAAGCCAUCUGAAAAACCCUCACACCAGGCAUCGAAAGCAGAUUAAAGAACUUACUGAUGAAGAUAUAAAGAGGAUGAAAGAAAGAAGAUUGGCAUCUUCUGCUGAGCAAGCCGUCAAAAAAGAUGAGGAUAGCUCAAACGCUGCUGACGAUGAACCUCAACUUUCAGCUGAGGAGAAAGAGUACCGGGAUUAUUUAAGGUCUUUGUUUGAGAUUCUGUUCCUGCUGGCAAAACAUGCAAUCCCCUUGACCACUGACAGAGUAUCUGAAGAAGAACUCAAGUCCAACAACUUCCAGGCCAUUCUAGAUUACUGCAUGAAUGCUGGAGAUGAAGCUCUGAGGAAGAGAUUUGAAAUGACUGCGGUGAACAGCGAGUACCUCACUACCACUCAGCUAAAUCAGCUCCUAGAUGUUUGCGAGAACACAGUGAGAGAGGAGAUGCUUAUGGAGGUAAGGGAAAGUCGCUUUUACUCCCUGGUGACGGGCAACCUGGUCGAAUUCGCCAACAGCAAACACCUUCCCGUGUUCCUCCGCUUUGUCAAUCAGCAGAACGUCCUCAGAGAGGAGUUCAUGGACUUCCUCCCCUUUGUGGACGGAGACGAAUCUGCACUGGUAGAAAGACUGGAGGCCCAACUGGUGGACCGCUGGGGGCUCAGCAUGGAGGACUGCCGUGGUCAGGCCCACAAGGCCACUGGUACCUCCACCACCAAAAUGAAAGCUGUUGCUGUACUGCUCAUGGAGAAGUACCCUCUUGCACUGCACAUGCCUUGCUCUCAUAUGGCACUGAACAUCCACCUCGCCAACAACCUGCCAUAUCCCAAUGUGCAGAUCGUCAUGGAAAAUCUGAGGAGGAUCACUUCUUUCUUAAAAACCCCACAUACUCAGGAUGAACUACAGAAGGCCAUAUCGACUCACUUCCAGAAAAAUGAAGAGAAAGGAAAUGCACUGAAACAAAUGUGUCUCUCAGGAUGGACCGAGCAACACGACGUCUUUGAUGUGCUGCUUGAUAUUUUACCUUCACUCCUGCUAUGCAUGGACAGCAUUCGGGACAAUUCCGAUGGACAGUUUCCCAGUUGUGUCGCAAUGGAUGCAUAUUCAAUUGGAGAGAGCCUCGCAGAGUUUGAGGUGAUUGUCACCAUUGUCAUCUUAAAGAAUGUGCUAACAUUCACCAGAGCCUUUGGGAGGAACCUACAGGGGGAAACACUUGAUGUGUUCUCAGCUGCGAACAGUCUAACGGCAGUUCUAUACUCUCUGAAUGAGGUUAACGAUAACAUUGACGUGUACCAUGAGUUCUGGUACAGCGAGGCCAUGAGUUUAGCUGCCCUCAUGGAAAUCCCUGUGUCCGUCCCAAGACUCUUUCUCCGAAAGCAGCGGGCAGCUGACCUUGGUGAAAUCCAAGCCGAGACCUAUUUCAAGGAGUACGUGACCAUACCGGUGAUUCGCGGCAUCAUGCAGGAGGUGGAGGACAUGUUCUCUGACAACAAUGUCAAAGCUCUCAAGUGCCUAUCACUGGUUCCGGCCGUCAUGGGCCACAUGAAGUUCAACACCACAGAGGAGAACUAUGCAGAGGUCUACCGAGGCGACCUCCCUAACCCGGACACGCUUCCUGCUGAGCUCCAUUGCUGGAGAAUCAAAUGGAAGCACAGAGGGAAGGAGGUGCGCUUGCCCACCACCAUCCAUGAAACCCUCCAGUUGCCAGACGUAAAGUUCUUCCCCAAUGUUGACACCUUCCUGAAGGUGCUUUCCACUAUGCCGGUUCUCAAAGUUGAGAACAGCACCGGCGACACCGCGAGCGAGCGGCUGAAGGCUUAUCUCAACCGCAUGCCUGCGAAGCAUUUAAACAAAAGUCUUGCGAUGCUCCACAUUAACACCCACGUCAAACAUGACCUGGAUGUCAUGGUGGACAAAUACUGCAGGCUCUAUCCCGAGGAUGAUUCUGAAGCGGAGCCUGAGGACGUGGGCGAAGACGUUAUUGUGACAAAAGUGAUCUGAAGCUUUGGGCCAGACCUUGGCAUCAGCCGGUAUCAGAUUCAAAACAUUUAGUAGCCCUCUCUGUGCCAGGUGAACAGCAGUGUGGAGCAACAGGUAGGGGAGGGGUUUGAAACCGUAACUUUAGAAAUCCUCUGUGAACUUUGAUAAGAAUAAACAACCCAUGCCUAGUCAGACCCGGAUGAAACAACGAAGCUUCAGCUUGUCAUCAGAAGCAGAUCUCUAAUGUUCGAUCAAGUUCGCACUGAAAUUCAAAUAGAUUUUUUAAUCAACUUCUAAAGACUUAGACUAAAAAUGACACGGUAGGUUUAUAAAUGGAGUUCAUUGUCUGAUGUGUAAAUAUUAAAUGUUUCUCCAUCAGACUGUUCAGCGUUUGUUUGCAAUGGCACCGUAAUUCAAUGAAUUCAAUCUUUACAGUUAUUUUGGUUUUUUUUAGCCUUUUGAUAUCAGUGACUUUGGUAUUUGAACUGGUGACUGUGUUUUUAAAUCAAACCACAUGAUGGAGGCAGUUCUCCCAGUUUAUAAAGGAGCCCUUCGCCUGGCUAUUAAAUGAGACUAACAACAGAAGUGCAGCUAUCUGUUGUUUCAUGUAUUUUUUUUUUUUUUUUCUAUUAUAACUUUUAACCAAUGUGCCAUACUUUCACAUAUUAAAUACCACAUAUGUUUGAAGUGCAUCUAAAAUAAUGUUUUUGUGUUCAGAAAAUGUCUAAAUUAAAUGUGCAAGACUUGUUUUGUUCUACAUGUACAGUGAAGUAGGAACUUAGAUUUGUUAUAGUUGCAGCUGAUUCUUUUUUUAUAUUGCACUAUAAUGUUUUGAAAAAAAUGUUGGUUGAAUUUUAUUUUAAUUAAACACCCUAUAAAGAGCAAAAA